AUGUCUUGCUCAUUGUCCAAUGAUAUUUUCGGCAGAAUGAAAUUUUGUCCAAUCUCAGGUGUUCAGUUCUCACGUUUUCAUCUUGAUAAAGAAGGCUCAUACUUUGUGGAGUGUCAUCUGUUCAAUCCUUAUGAGUCAGCAUUUUUGAUCUUACCUCCUCUAUCUUGUCGCGUUUUCUCGGUUCUUUGGGGUGCUUCAUCAAUUAUACAACUAGACCUCCCUCAAAAUGUUGUUGAUAUGCGAAAUUUGAAUAGAAAGAAUGCUGUCAAAGCUUCGAAGAGGAUUAUCUCCUGGCUCGCGGAAGUUGGUCCAGUAAACGCAAUAGAAUCUGCCUUGGAUCUCAUUGAAGAUAAAGAGUUAAAAAAUUUCAUCUCUGAAUGCAUGCCAUCUUCGAUAGAUAGAACUAAGUUUGAUGUUGAUGGGGCUUCACUUAUUAUCAAAGAUCAUGGUUUAAAUCCAAUUGUUGACCUAGAUGGACAAGGUGUUAAAAUGUCUAACAAUCCUUCUUCAUCACUUCGAUCUCCUGAAAUUACUCUUUCUCACUGGCCAUCCCGUAUGCUCUUAGCAUAUAGACGUGGUUUCAUUUGCCCAUUUAUAUUAUCAGGAAUUUAUUAUGAUACUGCAAAAAUUUUCACCAAUAAUGUGGACUUUACCGCAGGUCUUUCUUCCAGUUUCAUCAAGGCCCUCCAGGCCAGAUUUCUACAUUACUGUCUUAUAUACUCGUUUGAACGCUCUAUUGGCUUUAGUCGCGUUCAAACUAAAGUUAUUGAAAUUCAUCCAAUCAAUUCCGAUACUCUAGAGAUUAUUUCUCUUCCUCUUCAAAGUCUUCAGUUGUCAACAAUUGAACUUAAUCGGGAAUUCAUUUAUCGUAGCUUCUCCUUUUCACCCAAUAGGGAUUUGGCGGAUUGGUUGAAUAUAUUUGCUCUCUCCUUAUUAAUAUGGCUUAAGCAGUCCUCGAACCAAUGUUCUCCGGAUGAAUCACCUAUUAUACUGUCAGUUGCUCUUUGUGCUCUUGCUCAUUCAUUCAAUUCCAAUGGACGUCCAAAAGAUAUUUUAAUACAAUAUCAAAAUGUAACUGAUAAAGCUCGAAUUCUAUACGAAUCACGUGAUCAGAAUGAAAACGACUUAACCAAAUGUCAACAAGCUAUGGAAAGCGUGCACGCCCUGACAGAAAUUCAAAAUAUCUACAUGGAAUUAAUUUCGGUUGGAAAGAUGUUAGCAGCCUUAAAUUUCUACAAAAAAUCUGCCGAUUCACUUGAAAAUAACGAUAGAGAAUUUUUACCUUGCUUUAAGGUAUUUCCUUCUAAUCAAGUCUUUUAUUGGUUAACGAAGUGUCUUUCUGUUCUUCCACUGAAACAAAGACGUCCUACCGCUAUUCGAACAUGGUUUCCUCAGCUAAUUGUACAAUCUGAAUCCAAGAAUAUAUCAUCGUUUAUUACAGCACUGACUGAUCUUAAUAUGUUACUAGAUCAUUUGUUGGGGGCUGAAAUAACACUGAUAAAAACGGGUCAGGCGAAAGCUGAGGUUCCUACUAAAAAGGUCUCUGAAAUGACGAAGAAUUGCGUUAAAGUUCGUCAAAUCCUUGAAAGUUUCUUACCAAGUGAGACGUCUAAAAUACCAGAGAGUAAGCUAUAUGGGUCUAAGUCUUCAACGAAAAAGAAAGAAAAGGAGCAAGCAACAGGAUGGAUUAGGAGAAAGAUGAAUCAUGGGAAUUCGAAGUACAGUAGUUCGUCAUGCCCUGAACGACUCUCUACGAAAAAUUGUUCUACGCUAAAAAGGCCUAGUAAGACGAAUUAUGCCGCUACCCUGAAAAAACGUGUUGGAAUUGAGUGA